GUUUUGAUGCAUGGACUGGAGAAAUUAAUGGAGUGUUUUGAAGCGAAUGCAUGUCUUAGCUCAAUACAGUUAACUGAAAGUUCGAUCAGUAAGCCUGUAUCGGAUAUGCACAAGAUGCCGCAACUGACCGCAGAUGAUCUGUCAGCCAAAGGUGAUGAAGUUGAAGUGCAACAAAAGGCGUUAGAGACGCUGAGACGAUAUAAAACUCGGAGGCGUCAUAAUAUCCCUACAUUAAGAAUAACGUUCGGAUUAGUUUUAUGA